UAAAGAAGAAUAAACCUUUGACACUACAGCUGACCGGACCUCUUGCCUAAAAACAACGACAUAAACAGAAAAUAUCACAAAUAUUAGUUUGAAUUUGUUAUAUUUUAGCGUUUUAAACAAGGGUGACUAUUUGAAGUUGUAAAGCAUGGAGCCGACAGCGCCCAAAAGCAAGCUGAAGAAACUGAGUGAAGACAGUCUCACAAAACAACCGGAGGAGGUCUUUGAUCUUCUGGAAAAACUAGGUGAAGGGUCCUAUGGCAGUGUGUUUAAAGCCAUCCAUAAGGAGUCAGGCCAGGUGGUGGCUAUCAAACAGGUGCCUGUUGAGUCAGACCUCCAGGAGAUCAUCAAGGAGAUAUCCAUCAUGCAGCAGUGUGACAGUCCCUAUGUGGUGAAGUACUAUGGCAGCUACUUUAAGAACACAGACCUGUGGAUAGUGAUGGAGUACUGUGGAGCCGGCUCUGUUUCAGACAUCAUCAGACUACGCAAUAAGACGCUCACAGAGGAUGAGAUAGCCACCAUCCUCAAGUCCACAUUGAAAGGUCUGGAGUAUCUGCAUUUCAUGAGGAAGAUCCACAGAGACAUCAAGGCAGGCAACAUUCUCCUCAACACAGAGGGCCAUGCCAAACUGGCUGACUUUGGAGUAGCGGGACAACUCACGGACACGAUGGCAAAGCGGAACACGGUGAUCGGGACUCCGUUCUGGAUGGCUCCAGAGGUCAUCCAGGAGAUAGGAUAUAACUGUGUGGCAGACAUCUGGUCCCUGGGCAUCACCUCUAUAGAGAUGGCUGAGGGCAAACCUCCCUACGCUGAUAUACAUCCCAUGAGGGCUAUUUUCAUGAUCCCAACCAACCCUCCACCUACGUUCAGGAAGCCUGAGCUGUGGACAGACGACUUCACACACUUUGUAAAGAAAUGUCUGGUGAAGAACCCAGAACAGAGAGCUACAGCCACGCAACUACUACAGCAUCCGUUCAUCACAGCAGCCAAGCCAGUCACCAUCCUGAGAGACCUGAUCACUGAGUCCAUGGAGAUGAAGGCUAAGAGACAACAGGAGCAGCAGAGAGAGCUGGAGGAGGACGACUCUGAAGAGGAGGUGGAAGUAGACUCCCACACCAUGGUGAAGUCUGGGUCAGAGGGGGCUGGCACCAUGAGAGCUACCAGCACCAUGAGUGACGGAGCUCAGACCAUGAUCGAGCACGGCAGUACCAUGUUAGAGGCAGACCUGGGAACCAUGGUCAUCAAUAGUGAUGAGGAGGACAACGAUGAAGGCUCAAUGAGGAGACACCCCACCUCCCAGCAGGCCCUGAGACCCUCCUUCAUGGACUAUUUUGACAAGCAGGACUCUAAGGUCCAACAGGGGAGCUAUAACCAUAACCGGCAGCAGGAACCAGGCUAUCACAUCAGCCAGGCUAAGAACGUCUUCCCUGACAACUGGAAGGUUCCUCAGGACGGAGACUUUGACUUUCAGCUGAAGAACCUUGACUUUGAGGAGCUGCAGCUGCGUCUGACGGCUCUGGACCCCAUGAUGGAGAGAGAGAUCGAGGAGCUGCGCCAGCGCUACACCGCCAAGAGACAACCCAUCCUCGACGCAAUGGACGCCAAGAAACGCAGACAGCAGAACUUCUGAAGAGCCUGACCUGAGGAACACAUUCUGACCUGGGCCCGUGUUCAUACAGCGUCUCACAUUCCAGAGUGCUGAUCUAGGCUAAGGUCCACUUUCCAUGUAAUCGUAUUCCUUAUGAUCUAAAAGGCAGAACUGAUGCUAGAUCAGCACUCUGGCAGCAGAACUGAUGCUAGAUCAGCACUCUGGCAGCAGAACUGAUGCUAGAUCAGCACUCUGGCAGCAGAACUGAUGCUAGAUCAGCACUCUGGCAGCAGAACUGAUGCUAGAUCAGCACUCUGGCAGCAGAACUGAUGCUAGAUCAGCACUCUGGCAGCAGAACUGCUGAGGACCUUAGAAAAGGAAUUCUGACCUGGUGCUUUCUGUUAAGACCUGACCAAGGGAGAGGAGAGACCUGACCGCUGUCUGGAAUUUAAUUCACCCUGCUUCUGUGCUUCUAAAUGUCCUCCAUUUUGUCUCUCAUCACCAUCCCAGUAGUCAGUGUGACCUGGAGUUAUCCUAUCUUCCCAUGGCUCUGCUGGCCCUCAGGACUAUUUUAAACAAUUAUUAGCCUCCCCCUCUGUUAAUUAUGAACCUGUCGGUAGCCUUAUACCCCUCUGUUAAUUAUGAACCUGUAGGUAGCCUUAUACCCCUCUGUUAAUUAUGAACCUGUAGGUAGCCUUAUACCCCUCUGUUAAUUCUGAACCUGUAGGUAGCCUUAUACCCCUCUGUUAAUUCUGAACCUGUAGGUAGCCUUAUACCCCUCUGUUAAUUCUGAACCUGUAGGUAGCCUUAUACCCCUCUGUUAAUUAUGAACCUGUAGGUAGCCUUAUACCCCUCUGUUAAUUAUGAACCUGUAGGUAGCCUUAUACCCCUCUGUUAAUUAUGAACCUGUCGGUAGCCUUAUACCCCUCUGUUAAUUAUGAACCUGUAGGUAGCCUUAUACCCCUCUGUUAAUUAUGAACCUGUCGGUAGCCUUAUACCCCUCUGUUAAUUAUGAACCUGUCGGUAGCCUUAUUUCCCAAAGUAUGAUUGAUUAACAUCUUCUUAAAGAUACGUUUUCCCCUUUUA